CUCCAUCUCUCUAUUUUUUUUUCCCACAACCUCGUCUCCUCAAACAUAAACCACAUCUCGGCCGGCCUGCUCGCUUUAUCGUGGUCACACAUUCCCUCCCGCAUUCCAACAGAUCGCGUCGUUUUCGACAUCACCGUAGUCGCCAUGGCAGAGCCUAUCAGAAACAAGCGGCCAGACCCGGCCACCGCCCCAACCCCUCAGAACACCCCAGCAAGCAAUGCUCCGAUUUCAUCGCACGCUCAGCAGCCCGGAGUUGCGAGCAUCAAGGAAGAGGACCUGGACCGGGCGGCCGCUGCUUCUAUCUUCGCCCAAAAUCCAAAGCUCGUGUCUCUGAUUCAGGGACGCCUGGGCUCGCUCGUUGGCCGCUCGUCAGGGUACAUCGAGUCGCUUCCCACCGAGGUCAAGCGCCGCGUCUCCGGCCUGAAAGGCAUCCAAAAGGAGCACUCCAAGCUUGAGGCCGAGUUCCAGGAGGAGGUUCUCCAGCUCGAGAAGAAGUACUUUGCCAAGUUUACCCCUCUUUACGAGCAGCGCUCUUCUAUUGUAAACGGCAACAACGAGCCGACCGAGGAGCAGGUCUUGGCCGGUGAGGAAGAUGAGGAGGAGGAUGACGAGGAGGAGGACGAGGGCGCUGCCGUCAAGGAGGCCAAGCCCGCCGAGUCGGCCGAGAAGGUGUCCGGCAUUCCCGAAUUCUGGCUCUCUGCCAUGAAGAACCAGAUGUCACUUGCCGAAAUGAUCACGGAUCGUGAUGAGGAGGCCCUCAAGUCUCUUACCGACAUCCGUAUGGAGUAUCUUGAUAAGCCCGGUUUCCGUUUGAUUUUCGAGUUCGCCGAGAACCCGUUCUUCACCAACAAGACGGUCACCAAGACAUAUUUCUAUCAGAACGAGAGCGGGUAUGGCGGCGACUUCAUCUACGACCACGCCGAGGGAGACAAGAUCGAGUGGAAGGAUGGCCAGGACUUGACGGUCCGCGUCGAGCAAAAGAAGCAGCGCAACAAGAACACAAAGCAAACCCGCAUUGUGAAAAAGACUGUGCCGACCGAGUCGUUUUUCAACUUCUUCUCGCCGCCCUUGGCCCCGACCGAAGAAGAUGAUGACGAUGCCGCCUCUGACAUCGAGGAGCGCCUAGAACUCGACUACCAGCUGGGCGAGGAUAUCAAGGAGAAGCUGAUUCCUCGUGCGAUUGACUGGUUCACUGGGGAGGCGCUUGCCUUCGAGGAGCUUGACGAGGACGACCUGGAGGAGGGCGACUUCGAUGAGGAUGACGACGAUGACGACGAUGACAACAGCGAGGACCACGACGACGAGGAUGAGUCCGAGGAGGAUGAUGAGGAUGGCACCAAGCCGAAGCCGGAGGCUGCUGAGUGCAAACAGAGCUAGAUGCGAUGCAGCUAAGCUGGCGAGACACCACUCGGUUUAAUCAAGGGGAUACUCCGUUCAUCUUUACCCCCGUCUACAUGGGGGACCAC